AUGGACGUGUACAGCACCAAGGGUGUGGAGCCCGCCGUUGAGGCGCUUGAGCAUGGCGAUGUCUCCCAGCGCCCCCACAGCGUCUCCUCCAACACGCUCCCCUCGCUGCGACUCGUGUCGGCGCUCAUCCGCAAAAACCGCAACCGCUCCAAGGAAGUUCAUCGAGAAGUGUUGGUGGACAUGGGUCAGAUCCAGUACUCCGAGAAGUACUUCGACGACACCUACGAGUACAGGCACGUCGUCCUCCCGCCCGAGGUCGCCAAGCUCCUCCCCAAGAACCGCCUCCUCUCAGAGAACGAGUGGCGCGCGAUCGGUGUGCAGCAGAGCCGCGGGUGGGUGCACUACGCGAUCCACCGGCCGGAGCCGCACAUCAUGCUCUUCCGCCGCCCGAUCAACUACCAGCAGCAGCAGGAGGCGGCUGCCGCGCAGAUGCUGCCCAAGUGA